GGCCUGCGGUUUGAGGUGGUUCCAUCCUGGUUUAAGGAGACCCUUGAAAAGUCAUCUUUUUCGGCCCCUUAUGAGUAUGCUGUGGAAACAGCAAGACAGAAAGCUCUUGAAGUAGCAAACAGAAUGCAUGUAAAGCACCUGAGAACACCUGAUGUUGUCAUAGGAGCAGACACUAUUGUGUCUGUGGAUGAGCAGAUCCUGGAGAAACCAGUUGAUAAGCAAGAUGCCUAUAGGAUGCUGUCAAGGUUGAAUGGGAAGGAGCACAGUGUUUUCACAGGAGUGGCUAUUAUCCACUGCCGCAGUACAGGAAAUCAGCUAGAGAUGGAAAUCACUGAUUUCUAUGAAGAGACUAAAGUAAAAUUUUCUGAGCUGUCUGAAGAGCUCUUGUGGGAGUACAUUCAUAGUGGGGAGCCAAUGGACAAGGCUGGUGGAUAUGGUAUCCAAGCCCUUGGUGGAAUGUUAGUUGAGUAUGUCCAUGGAGACUUCUUGAAUGUGGUGGGAUUUCCUCUGAAUCACUUCUGCAAAAAGCUAGCAGAAUUGUACUAUCCACCCUCUAAACAUAACAUACAGCAUAAAAAAUAUGACUCUAUCCCUUCUGUGGACACUUUUGAGAACCUAAGUGAUGGAGAAAGUGAAUCUUCAAAUUUCACACAGCACAAAGAUGCUAGUAAGUUGGACAGCAGUGGGAUGAGUUCCUCAGGAGCUGUUUACACAUCUGAAAACAGUUCUGGUGUCAGAACUGGUUUUACAGUACCUUUGGAAAAUCAGAAUGGAGUGUCACGAAGUGCAGCAAAACUUCCACCUAAAAUUCUAGAGCUGAUGGAUGGGUUUAGAGCUUCAAAGGCUCUGUUUGUAGCCUCUAAGCUGAAGAUGUUUGACCAUCUGAAGGAUAAAGGUCCAGUGAAGGCUGUGGAUAUUGCAAAUGAGGUUGGAACCUCUGUGUGUGGAACUGAAAGACUCCUUGAUGCAUGUGCUGCUCUUGGAUUACUGAAAAAAACAUCAUCAGGUUACAGUAAUACAGACUCAGCAAAUACCUACCUGACCUCAGAUGGUGAAUACUCACUUCAUGGCUACAUCAUCCACUCUAAUGAUCACCUUUGGCCUCUCUUCACAAACUUGGAGUCUGCUGUUAAAGAAGGCAGCAGGCAGAACCAUCGAGCCUUUGGAAAGAAAUCAGAGGAUUUAUUUAAGGACUAUUACCACAGCCAGGAAGUCAAGCAGCGUUUUAUGGCUGCCAUGCACAGCAUUGCUCACCUGACAGCGAGAGACGUGGCCACAGCAUUUGACCUUUCACGGUUUAAAUCUGCUUGUGAUUUAGGAGGUUGCACCGGAGCUCUGGCUCAUGAAUUAGUACAAAUAUACACAAAUCUCAAGGUCACAGUAUUUGACCUUCCAGAAGUCAUUGCAAACACCUCUUACUUUCAGCCUUCAGGACAGCACACAGCUCAAGUGACAUUUGUAUCAGGUGACUUCUUCAAGGACAGUCUACCAGAAGCAGAUCUUUACAUCCUUUCACGUGUUCUUCAUGACUGGCCUGAUGAAAAGAUACAUGUGCUGUUAAGCAAGAUCUCAGCUGUCUGCAGACCAGGCUGUGCGAUUUUGCUGGCUGAAAUGGUGCUGGAUGACGAGAAGAAGAAAAGGAGCACAGCUCUGCUGCAGUCUUUGAACAUGCUUGUGCAGACAGAGGGAAAGGAGAGAAGUGGCUCUGAGUAUCAAGCCUUGCUGGAACAACAUGGAUUCACAGAUGUCAAAAUCAGAUUGACAGGAAAUUUGUUAGACACCAUUUUCUGCGUUAAAACCUAGGAAAAGAAACUGGAUUUAGUGGUAAAAUCUGGAUGUGUCUACUCGUGUUUGAUGUUUUGUAAUUAUGCAAAUACAUUCUCAGCUUCCCAUCAACAUCAUAAACACGAAGU